UUGCCUGACCUGGUAGCCAUGUGGGUCUACAUGCAAAUCACAUCUGAAAAUGUAUUUUGUGAGGCCAUAUCAGGAAAAGUCAAGGAAAGCAGACAGGAAAAGAAGUUUCAUUACUACUCUGACACGUGGCAAAAUUCAGUCACUGAUGCAAAGUCGUUGAGAGUGGUUUGAUUUGAAAUGCACCGUUCUUGAGCAGCUUUCCAGGUCCGAGUUGUUUAUAACCGUGGUGAUGGCAACCUGACGCACAAAAGGUUUAAAGACUCUAAAAGUGACCUCACAAAGAGCUAUUACACAAAAUGUUUGAGUACAUUGCCACAUGCCUGAUAUGUUGUUGUACAAUAGUUUUGAGAUAAGAUUUUGGCCUAGACAUACGGUUGUUUAAGGCAUCUAAGGACUCCUGGACACCCCAUCCACUGCAUGGAUUUGUUAAAUUCCAUCGCCAGCACACUUGAUUUAAUAAGAUGUAGUAUUGAUUGGCUAAACUAAGUGCUACAUCCCAUUCUGGGCUUCUUCAAGUAAAGGUUUGGAAAUGGUUAAACAAACACACUGACAUACAUAAAACCACUACUUACUGCAUGCAAGAUAUUUGUAUUUAUUCUAAUAUUAGUUUUUUUUCCAAUGGAUAAAUGCUUUAAAGUGCCUAAAACUUUUACACAGUACUGUAUAUUUUUAAAUGCAUGCAUAGCAGAGUGUUACAUGUAUAGUAAGGCAAAACAGUACCAACUAAAACUUUAUUAUUAUUUCAUUGCUAUUUUACUACUGUAAGCAUUACAUAAAAACUCAGUUGUAGUGAUUGUUUUGGAUAAUAAAUAAAAUUAGUAUGUAUUUGAGUUGUAGACAUCAUCACCCCUGGUUCCUGUCACCACCACUAUAAAGAAAACCAGUUCAAUUUUUCAGCACAUUUUCACACCAAAACAUUCUGAAUGACUUUAUUUGUAUCUCAAUGAUUGAAUUAUGCAAACUUUUUUGAAAAAUCUCCAGAAUUCCCAUUUAAAUUGUCUGCACUACUUGAGCACCAGUGCUAGGCAGGGCCACAUCACGGAUUGUCAGAGUAGGUACAGACCAUUUUUAUAGUAGGUUAAUUUCCAUUAUAUUACUCUGAAGGGCAAAGUUAUUCUAUAGAGAAUGAGAUGGGGCUUUUGGAAGGUGUAGCUUUGGGCCAUGCUUGAUAUUAAUACAAAGUGGAGCUUUUUAAAACAUAUCCAGAUUAGCAAUUCAUUAAAUUCUCAAUUUCAUGCUAUGGGUUUAAGAGUUUAUAGUGAGAGGGAGAGAAAUUGAGAGUGACCAUCGUUCAUAGCCAUCCCAAACAGCAGGCUGUAAUUAAAUAUGCCACUUCUGCUCUACUGAUUCGCUCACUUCAUAAUUUGGCUGCUGAACUGAAUGCAUCUCUUUCUGUUAAAGGCCCGCAUUGUUUUCACAGAGCUUUGGCCUCAUUAGCAGAAGUAGAUGCUGCGGUUCGGGGGGAGGGGUGGCCAGACUGCUGGAGCACUGUGUCUUCCCAUCCAUAGUAAUGUGACACAAUCAGUUUGGAGAUGAUCGUGGUGAUUGGAGAACCAAACUUGCUGUGUGUCUGCUGCUUGUCUGCUGCGUUAGGAGUGCAAUGGCGACAGAGAGAGCUGCUUCUGCUCUUCAAACCUCAUAGCAAGUCUGUCUGAAAGCGUGAAGUGUCCAGAUCAUCAAGAAGUAUGAAUAUGAAUGAGAAGGAGGGCAGCAUGUCUGAGGGAGGGCUAAAUGUCACCCUCACCAUUCGCCUGCUAAUGCAUGGAAAGGAAGUGGGCAGCAUCAUUGGGAAGAAAGGUGAAACGGUCAAGAAAAUGAGAGAGGAAAGUGGAGCUCGUAUUAAUAUUUCCGACGGCUCCAGCCCUGAGCGCAUCGUCACCAUCACUGGCCCCUCUGAGGUCAUCUUCAAAGCUUUCGCCAUGAUUGCAGAGAAAUUUGAAGAGGAUAUCCUGACGUCCAUGGUGAACAGCGCUGUGACGAGUCGACCCCCUGUGACACUGCGCCUUGUGUUCCCUGCCAGUCAGUGCGGCUCGCUUAUCGGCAAAGGAGGCUCCAAGAUUAAAGAGAUCAGAGAGACCACAGGUGCCCAGGUGCAGGUGGCUGGGGACUUACUGCCGGACUCUACCGAGAGAGCAGUGACCAUCUCCGGCACUCCUCACGCCAUCACGCAGUGCGUGAGGCUCAUCUGUGCUGUCAUGCUGGAGUCGCCGCCCAAGGGAGCGACGAUUCCUUAUCGGCCCAAACCUUCCCCUGGUGGCAAUCCUACAAUCUUAUCCCAACCGCAUACAGCUCCAGCCUUUGCUAUUCCAGGACAGUUCGCCAUUCCACCUCAAGACUUGACCAAGCUUCACCAGUUGGCUAUGCAGCAUAUCCCCCUUACCUCCCUUGGGCAGAGCAACCCUACCUUCCCUGGUCUGGAUGCCUCUGUUGCAACAAGUUCUCAUGAGCUGACCAUACCGAAUGAUCUCAUAGGCUGCAUUAUUGGCAGACAGGGCACCAAGAUCAAUGAGAUUCGCCAGAUGUCUGGAGCCCAGAUCAAGAUAGCUGGGGCCACAGAUGGUUCGGCUGUGCGCCACGUCACCAUCAGCGGCUCCCCGGCCAGCAUCAGCCUGGCCCAGUACCUCAUCAGUGCCAGUUUAGAGAUGGCUAAACUCAGCAUCCAGGCUGCCUCCUCCUCCUCUUCCGGCAACCCCGUCGACCUCAGCCUGAGUUUCCCCCAGUCCGCCUCUCCCGCCUCUACCCCUUCCUCCGUGGCCAUGCUGGCUGCUCCUCCCUCUGCCAUUAAUGUCCACUCCCCUCAGGCCAUGCCCACCAUCCCCAGCGCCCACUACGCCCUCCCGGUCUCCAGUCUGCUUGGCAUGAAAACCGUGCCCCUGCUGGCCGUGCACACCGCCGCUUCGGGCCUCACCCCCUACACUGCCAAGAUCCCAACCUCGGCCACCAUCAAAAAAUCAGAACGCCAGAAGUUCGCCCCCUACUGACCAGACUCAACAGCCUUUUAAUCUCUCACUCUCAUCUGUGCUAUGUGUGCUGUUUGUGUUUUGCAUCUCCGAAGACUUUGAAGGUUGAGUCUUUUUUUCUUUUUUCCCUUUUUACCCUCUUUUUUUGGUGCAUCUUCAUGCAGUAUUAUGCAAACGGAUAGUGACAGAGUGACAAGAUGAAUUGCUCCUCAAAUCAUCCUCCAUUUUCUUUGGCAUCUCAUUCGGAAAUGUUUGAGAUAGCAAUCUCACGCCAUAUAUUUUAAAUGACACUUCAUUCUUUUCCUUUUUCAAACCGCAGCCCAUGAGACUAUGAAGUAUUGUAUUUGAAAUCUCACUCAAGUUCUUUAUUUGCUUAUUACAACCUCUGUAAAAUACAGUACAUGCAUAUAUGUGAUAAUCACAAUAUUGGAGAAUGCACUGCUCUAAUCUUCAUUUUGUCUGGAGUUUCUCUGAAUUAGUCACUUUUGAGUCAUAUUUUGCUAAUUAUGUCUCUUGUGCUUGUUUUCAUCUUUCAUCUUUAUGGCAUUAAAGCAGGGAAAUGGAAUUUGCUAUAGUUCUCGCUUGGAACAAAAAACACAAAUGUUGGCAUAAAUGAUAUACUAACUAGUCAUCCUGCAGUGCUGUGGUGCGAAAUGCAUUAAGGGUCAUACUGACAUGAGGACACAGUGUAUGGGAGUCAUAGCACCAUGUAUGCAAAUGACAUUGUAUUUGAGGUCGGGUUAUGGGAGACUUUUUAGGGUUUUUUUUUUUUCUCAUUUACUGGUAACUGUGAACCAUUUAACGUUGUAAUAAACAGGCACACCAUACCGCACUGGCAGAGGAGGAGUGGAAUGACUGUUCUAAACUGUGGCAGCAUGUUACUGUCCUGUAGAGCUGAGGGUGUGCAUCUUUCCUAGGCUGUCUACAGUGCUAGCUGGCCUGGGGCCUCCUUAGCCAUGCAGCCUCUCAUUAAAACUCUGACUGGAUUACCCCAAAGCCAUAUGGGAUUCUUAAGAACUUGGUGUUAUUCAGGAGAGCCAGGCUACGCAAAUGAUAUGCAAAUUCACAAAAUCUUUCGCUAAACUUUUUAAGAACAAAAUUUGUUAAGUGUUGUAACUAUAGUGUUGACCUAUUUGAUGAACUUUUUAAAUUAAUUAUUUUAUGCCCAUUCGGUAUAAGAAAUGUUCUUGUGUUUGUUCUUUUAGACUGUUUUUGAAGUCACUGUUGUCUUUUUGUUGUAUGAUAAAUGUUCUUUUGCUCCUAAAUGUAGAACUUGUGUAGAACCACAUAUUCUUAAAUUAAAUUGUGGCAGCUUUUUAUUAGAA